UUGUAGCAACUGCAGUAGUGAGAAGUUAUUGCAGCCGGUUGUAAACAGAAACAAAAAGGUGCUAAUACGACAAGAUUUUUCCAACACAUUUACAUAAAGUAAUUUAAAAGUUCUCUUUAUUGAGACGAUAAUCGCGUAUUCAUAGAGAGCAUUUUGCUAAUUAACGGCGUAUAUAAUCAUAAAAAAUGUCGAGACCUGUGCUCUAUUAUGCAAAACUAAGUCCACCAGCACGAGCUGUGUUGCUUACGGCUAAGGCUAUUGAUCUUGAGCUUGAACUGAAACCCAUAAAUCUUAUGAAAGGCGAACAUUUAACACCAGAAUUCAUUAAAAUCAAUCCUCAGCACACUAUACCGACUUUGGUUGAUGGCGAUGCAGUUGUAUAUGAUUCUCAUGCGAUUUGCGCCUAUUUAGUUGAAAAAUAUGCUAACGACGAUCAACUGUAUCCGAAAGAUUUGGUGAAGAGAGCAUUAGUUGAUGCCCGCCUACAUUUCGAUUCGGGUCAUUUAUUCGCUCGUUUACGUUUUCUCUAUGAACCAAUAUUGUAUUAUGGUUCCACCGAUUGCUCAAUGGAUAAAAUUGCUUAUAUACAAAAAUGCUACGAGAUAAUGGAACAAUUUCUCAAAAAUGAACCAUAUCUGUGCGGAGACGUUAUGACUAUUGGUGAUUUUUGCUGCUUGGCUACAGUAACAUCGGUUAAUGAGGUGGCACCCAUUGAUGAAUUCAAAUUUCCAAAUGUACUGGCAUGGUUGACACGAAUGGCUGAGUUGCCUUAUUACAUGGAAACCAACGAAGAGGGAGCCCAAGAAUUAAAGAAUCUUUUUAAAGAGAAAUUGGCCGAAAAUCGUGGGGCUAAGUAAUUAAAUGUUAUAAAUAUUUUUGGUAAAAAACUAGAUUGUAGUU